CAUAAUCGUGUCAACAAAAUAUUUUUAGUGUUUGAUACAAUUAUUGGGUUUCCAUUAUUAGUCAGCAUGAAUUUAUAGGUUUAUACCCUUUGAUGUCUUAACUUAUUGUUAAAGAAUGUGGAUAAGCCCGUAUAACACGAAGUUUCAGUUUUGAUUUUUGUGAAUUAUUUGUUGAAAUUGUGUGACAUUUACUGGACAAAAGAAAAAAGAUGGGACUGCUUUUUUCCAGAUUAUGGAGUUUGUUUACAAACGAAGAACACAAGGUGAUAAUUGUUGGCUUGGACAAUGCGGGGAAAACAACAAUCCUAUACCAGUUUUUGAUGAACGAGGUUGUCCACACAUCUCCCACAAUCGGCAGCAAUGUGGAAGAGGUCUUAUGGAAAAAUAUCCACUUUCUGAUGUGGGACAUAGGCGGCCAGGAGUCACUUAGGGCAUCAUGGAACACUUACUAUACUAACACGCAGUUUAUCAUUCUAGUCAUAGACAGCACAGACAGAGAAAGGUUGUCCAUCACGAAAGAAGAGCUCUAUAAAAUGAUGGCGAAUGAGGACUUACGAAAGGCUGCGGUGCUGAUAUUUGCUAACAAGCAGGACAUUAAGGGCUCAAUGUCGGCAGCCGAGAUUUCCCAACACCUGAACCUUACCUCCGUAAAAGACCACCCAUGGCAUAUACAGGCGUGCUGCGCACUCACGGGAGAGGGGUUAUAUCAAGGGCUGGAAUGGAUUACAAACAAUUUGAAAAGACGAUGAUAACCGUAUGAUAACACUUUUCAUGUGAGGAUUAUUGUUAUAUGAGUUGAUAAACUCCUAACAAUGGUCUGUCGAAUCAGGCCGUGGAUUUUAUUCAAUUCAUGCCACCUACUAUGUAUCAACCGUGCCAGUUCUUGUGUAAAAAUUGAAGUGUUUUGAUCUGGAAAGAAGGAUGUGCUUUUGACAGAAAAAGGCUGACGCACUAAACAAUUCAGUGUUUGUUGUCUGGGUUGCAGAAUCGUUGUCAGAUUAUCGACAGGUGCUCUGAUAAACAUUAUUGUGUUCUUGGACGAAGUUCGAGAAAGAAAUGCCAGAUCAUUCAAUAUAUGUGAACAAUGAAUAAAAAAUGUAUGAAACAAAAAGCAGUGCCAGGAAUCGAAUGUUUUUGGGAGAAAAUUCUGUAAAAUGAAAAGAAAUAACCCCACUUUAUUGCUUCAAUAUAUGAAUUUACUAUGCCUUAAAUGGCAUGAGAAUUUGAAGUGUUGUUUAUUAUUUGUUAUCUGUGCCAAUUUUGAUCUCAUGAGGGGCACAAAGGGAAGUAAUUAUAUAUUCUGUUUGGGGCAAAGUAACAGAGUAACUUCCCUUGCAUAUUUAUGAGUGCUAAAGGAAGAACCUGAUGACUGUUUUUAAUUGUUAAUUAAUGUGAUUUUAAAUUGAGGAUCUUAUUAUAUUUGUACUACAGUAUUCAAGUUCACUUUAAAGGUACUUAAGAUUUGUCAUGAUGAUUUAUGGAGAAUUUUCAAAACAUUUAGAAUAAUUUUGAAGAAAAUAUUUCCAAUGUUAGUAGGUUAGACAGAAUUCAUUUUCAGAUUUUCAUCCAUAUUUAUAAAAAAAAAUGUUCAGGAGUUCUUUUAAAUCUGUUUAGAACUGAAAAACAAUGCAUUUUUUUUUCAGCCUUUCAUAUUUAUUAUUUAAUUAGUUUUUAGAUUAUUACAGCAUUAUUCAAGUGUAAAAUUUCCAACACAAUUGUAUUUGUUGUUCAUUUAUAUAGUGUUGAUUUAAGGGUACUUAAUUAACUAUAACAAAUUAUCUUCUGUUAAUAUCAUUAUUAUUGUUGUUUUAUAAUGUUUUGUUUGCCAAAAAAGGUCAUUUAAUUAUAGUGGUUUCUGUUGUAAUAAUAAAAAUGCUGAAUGAUGAUUAUGUUCUUGGACAGUUAGCCUUAUACCUAUCAAUUUUCCAGCCUCUUGCCGGUAUUCUUUAAACAUCUUAAAGUUAAUACCUUACUUAAGUCAUUUUCCUAAGUUAAAGUGACACUCUUAUUCAAAAUCAAUACAUACACAUGUAUAACAAACAUUAAUUUUGAUUGAUACAUCUUAAACUAUUGACUAAAUAAUGCAUUUAUGGAAAAUAUUAAUUACUGAUAACAAGAUUGUAACCGUGUAUUAAAUAGUAGAAAGCGCAAAAAUAUCAAAUGAUUGGUGAAUGCUAAAAGAUUAACUAUGGUCUACUAUAGUCUCAUAAGGUAUAAGUACUGUGUUUUAUGCUCAUUACUUUCAAAUUAAACUCCGUAUCCUUCAUAAGAACCAUUGUUUUCAACAUUUAUUUAUCCGUUUUAGAAUAUUAAAACAAUAUUUAAUUGUGGAACAAUAUUUAAUUGUGGUAAAUCUUAUUUUUUGAGUAACUGUGGAUCUUUAAAGUUAAUACCUUACUUAAGUCAUUUUCCUUUGUUAAGUGUUUCAUUGGUCGAAGGACAUAAUAACUUCCAAUAAUAAUUUCUGAAAUGCUUUAUUUUUAUUUACUUAAUUAAAAUGAAUGUAGACUUACAACUUCCAUCAUUAAACAUGUAUACACUUCUUUUCAUUUAACGAUAUUUCUAAAAACAGAAUGACAUAAGUUAUAAAUUACUUAGGAUUGUUUAUGAAAACUGAGUUUAAGAAAGGGGGUCUUAUUGCUUAGCAAGCAUUUUUUGUGAAACAAAACAAAAUUUAAUGAUAAAUCAGAUAACAUUUGACACAGGUUAUAUCUUUUUAGAUCAAAGGGGGUUGUUCCAAAAGGUUUGGGGAAUAUUACAUCUUUAAAAAUAGAAUUUCAGAUUUCAGGAAACACCCCCUGGUAUACUAUAGAACAAGGCAUCACCAAAAAAUAUCCCUGUUGUUACAAGAGAUUUUCUCCAAUCACAGAUACUAAUUUUUUUCCAGACUCAAUCAUUACUUUUGUAUCAUAUUAAAACUUGUGACUCUUUGAGUCUAUGUGAAUACUUAAAAAUGAUUGUUUUUGGCUAUUUCGUAUUGAAAUGGACUAAAAAUCAAGUGAUUAAAAAUUAAUUUAUUAUCAUUAAAAAAUUAUUGAAUUUUCCAUGAGCAGCUCAUGGUACAUAAGCUUGAAAUGUAUUCUUUUGUUGUAUUUAUUCCUGAUUUCUAUAAUUUAUGUAUUAUUUAGAACAAAGUCUCAAUAUCUGGCCAGUGUCAUUGUUUUAUGUUUUAAAAUCUAGCUUGAAAAUAAUUGCCUGCUCUCCUCUGUCCUGUGUAUAUAGGACAUUUUUUUGCUCUUAUAAACUCAACUGUCAACAUGCUUAAUAAUGGCGACAUACAAAUGUUCUAAUGACUAAUUUACCUUAGAAGAUGAUAAACAAAAUCCUUAAUAGCCCAUUCCGGAGUAUGGCAUACCGACAAAAGGAAAAUUAAAAGCCCAUUUUCAUGUUGCUUUGAUUCCAAGCUAAAUUCAGAAUAUUUUUGUAAUUAUUUUCCAAUUUUUGUCUCUUUUAAAAUUACGACUAAAGCAAUGAAUUGGUACAGUUUUUGUCCAUAAGGAAUAAUUGACAUAAUGCCUUGAACCACCCUGAUAUAAAUAUUCAUAAUUGUUCAACCAAUGGAGACUCAGAGAUUUUCUUGUCACAUGAUAAACAAAGUAGCUAAUUAUCAAUGUAUGUCUUAAUCCAAUUCAUGUCAGUUUCAGUGAUUUUAAUUGUAAUGUAACCCUUAAGCAGCCUUUCCAUAAUCAAUAAUAUUGCCAAUAAUAUUGAAUAUUAGUGGCCAAUAUUGAAGACUUGAUUAAUGUAUUGGAAAGUAAAAAAGCACUAAAUUUGUUGAAAAGUUGUUUUAAUUAUUUGUAUCCUAUGGCUGAUUAGAAUGGUCUUCGGAGUACAAAUGAAUCAAACUAUUAAGCACAAGAUGGUUAAUUAUAUUGAGUCCAUAUUAUUGUCAAUUGUAUUCAUCAUAGAUAUGUAGCUCUUAAAGACUACAUGUAUUUGGCUUUGAAAUUUAUAAAAAGCCUGAUUAUGUAAAAUGUGAAUUUUUGACAAGUCCGAAAAGAUUGACUGUAUUGGCCUCAUUAGUAAAAUGUACAUCUAAUUCCACUUUUAGGUAACAUAUAAUAUGAAAAAUAAGUUCUUCCCACCUAUUUAAAAUGUUUUUUAUGUAUGUUCUUAUGUCAUCAAAGCUUAUGUCGGUCUUGUUCCACUUAGGCCAAAGAAAAAAUAUCUUUGUUUCCACUAGCAUCCGAACAAAUGGGGUUGGUAGGAAGGCAUAAUUCUUAUGUUUUCUAUUUUGUUUUUCUUCUUAGUACAAGAAUUCUGUACCAAAUCUACCUUUAUCGGGGUAUAUCACUAUUGUGGAAACAUUUAAAUAUAAAACGGUAAAAUUUUGACAUGUUUACUAAAAAAAUCCACAGUUUUUAGGAAAUUCUAAAAAAAAUCCUCUUAAAAAAGUUUAUGGUCAGAGGGAAAGAAUUCUGGUUAGUGGAAACAAGCAAUUAUUUUUUAUGUGUAACAUUUUAACAUAUUUUCCUUGUCAUUACAGAGUUCAAAUACAUAUCUCAUUUUAGUCAAGUGGCGGAGUCAGAGUUUUAUAAGUCUUUUCAACAAGGACAUUACCAUAACGCAAAUAACAUACCAGAUGCAUAUGUUGACAUUAUUAAUUGAGUGAAAAACAAAUUACUUUGCAAUAAAUAUGAAAUAAUUUUACAACAUUUCAUGGAAUAAAUAAAAAUAUUGACCACAGCUAUAUGUGGCAUAUAUUUAAACAUAUAAAUUACAUGGAGCAUAUAAAAUAGAUAAUCAGUUCAUUUUUUACACAUGUUGAGAUUCAUACACAUGCAUUAUGUAAAUUUUGGAGAAAUAUAUACCUAAGAUCCAAAUUUAUAAAAAGAGAAAAAUCUGUUAGUUGAAACCUUUCUCUUAUUGAACUCCUGUGCAUAAUUCAUUGAAAUGUCUGACAGUUAUAACAAAAAAAGUUUUUAAUGUCGAGAUAGGCAUAAACAGGCAAUAAUUAUAAGACAAAUUGAAUUCCCUGUUUGAAAAAUUAUUUUGUUGCUAAACAUGUCAUUACAUCACUCUCAUAAACUGUGUUCACUUGCAGUGUUCCUGUUAAAAUAUUCAUUCAAAUGUCAUAUAAUCAGGAAAACUUUGUUGAUACUCACAAUGUGAAAUGGUAGGAACUACUGAGUUUAUACUGUCUCAAUAAUAAUAGGAACUACUUUGUUGAUACUUCCACAGUGUAAUGAUAGGAACUACUUUGUUGAUACUUCCACAGUGUAAUGAUAGGAACUACUUUGUUGAUUAUCCACAGUGUAAUGAUAGGAACUACUUUGUUGAUACUGCCACAGUGUAAUGAUAGGAACUACUUUGUUGAUACUUCCACAGUGUAAUGAUAGGAACUACUUUGUUGAUACUGCCACUGUGUGAUUAUAGGAACUACUUUGUUGAUACUGCCACAGUGUAAUGAUAGGAACUACUUUGUUGAUACUGCCACAGUGUAAUGAAAGGAACUUCUUUGUUGAUACUGCCCAUGUGUAAUGAUAGGAACUACUUUGUUGAUACUUCCACAGUGUAAUGAUAGGAACUACUUUGUUGAUACUGCCACUGUGCAAUGAUAGAAACUAAUUUGUUGUUACUUCCACAUAGUAAUGAUAGGAACUUCUUUGUUUAUAUUCCCACAGUUGAAUGAAAGGAACUACUUUUUUGAUACUGCCACAGUAUGAUAGUAACUACUUUGUUAAUACUUCCACAGUGUUGUGAUAGGAACUACUUUCUUGAUACUGCCAGUGUGCAAUGAUAGGAACUACUUUGUUGAUACUUCCACAGUGUUAUGAAAGGAACUACUCUGUUGAUACUUCCACAGCGCAAUGAUAGGAACUAUUUUAUGUAAAUAGGUUUAAGCAAUAUGGAUAUGAAAACUUUCCAUUUCAUUAUAUGCAUACCUACAUGUAAUCGUGCUAUGAAACUUAAGUUUCAGACAAUAGAAUUCAUCAACCAGAAAUAGAAUGAUUUAUACAGGGACUUUCUGAUACUCUCUUAAAUGCUUAAACAAGUUAACAAUAGCAUAAGAUUUUUUUGCUAGAUGAAAUUAAAGCAGGCUUUAAGUCAUUUGAUUUCUGACUCUUUGAAUAGUAAUUUAAUAGCUUAGCAUUUGAAUCGUCUGUAUUUUGAUUGAAAGAGAAUUUCUUUUACAUCUCAUUUACAUUAAAUUUAAAUGUUAUUUAUUUAUGUAUUAUGUUUGACAAAGAAAACAUGAUGAGUAACAGAGGCAUAGAUAGUGGAAUAGAAAUACAUGUAUGGACAUAUGUGAUUUAUUUUGUUGUAUGCAUAUCAUCAGUUUCAAGUUUCUUGCUUGAAACACAAGUUAAACUGCCAUCCAUUCUGAGACAGAAAAAAGAAAAGCACUUCUAUAAGUACUUAGGCCACACCAAGCUAUUAGUUUGUUUGUCAGAAUUAAGCUGAGAAAAAUUGGAAAAAGCAGUAUAAAUAAAAAAUAAAUAUUACCAUUUAACUUCAAAAGAAGAGCGGGCUAAUGGGGAAAUCAUUGUAAUUAAUUCAUUUUUCCUGAAUUUUUUAGUGUUGAUAACCAUUCUAAGUGUAAGAUACAGGAAGUACUCCAUGAAAUAUUUUAUUUUCUAUACCUAUAUAAUCUUCCUGAUGUUGAUAGAGAUUUAUGAUAUUAGCAUGUUUUGCAUGUGUUGUUUUUGUCACAAGAAAGGGUUUUUACCCGGUUGGUGAAAAACAUCAGCCGUCACUUAAAAAAACAAAAUACUGUUUUGCGUUGUUGUUUUUUAAAAUAAGUGUUGUUUAAAAUCUGACAACCAAAGUAUGAAUUUGGUGUGUCCUUAACAUCAAAAUCUACCAAACUACACCCCUGUUUGAUCAGCCUGUUAAAUACAUUCAGUUAUGCAUACAUAAUGGUCAUGAAAACAUAUUAGAAGCUCAGGGUAUCAAUACUCAUGGUUGUUAUUUCUAAUUUUCUGUACUUUAAUCCGAUUUAAAAAAAAAAAUUUUUUAUUAUAUCUUCAUAUAUAAUACCUUUCUUUGUGAAGAUCUAAUAAAAGUGUACUUUUGAUGAAAAACAGAAUUUUAUACUGUGAAGCUUUUAUCUGGUUCAGUGGUUUUCUUCAUAGCGUCACCUUAGUGCAAGAUCUCAAAAUCUGCCUCUAUUUCUAUAUGCAGUUAUUAAGUUAUUGCACUAAGGUGACGAAUUAGACUCUUUGAUAUAAGCCUUUUUUAAACUUAAGGCCAAUUAAAAACAUUGUUGUGGUUCAUGUUACAUGCUGACAAAACACAGGCCAGGUAGGUAGGGAAACCAUCUAAUUUUGGAAAACCACUUUAUUGUAUACAAAGUAUGUACUUCAUUGUAAUGUUAACUUACAUACACUUUCUGAAAUUAAUGAUGCAAAGAAAGCAACACAAUACAAGUAAACUGUAUCACAUGGUUCAUCUUACAGUGCCACAUAUUUAGGGUUGGGAUUGAGGCCUUGUGCAGUGACUGUAACCACAUAAUGAUUUCUAUUAGGCUUAAUUGUUUGAACCAACUAAUAUGUGCACCAUAGUAGCUAGCAACCAUUUGAAUGCAAAAUAUGAGAGGUGCCAGGAGAGGUCACAUGAAUAGAAUUGAAUGAAAUAUACCACUUUUCGAUUUUUUAAACAUGUAAAUUUAUCCCUGUAGUUGAGGCAGUACAUAUGUUAUAUAAGUUAAAUUUCAUUUACCACUGAUACGAAAUUAAUUUUUGAAUUUGCUUACAUUAUAGUGAACCAAAUAUAAAGCAUUCUCAUUCAUCAGACGUUUGAUAAUGAUAAAUCUAACCUCAAAAUCGAGUGCAAAACUUUAAAUAGAUCAUUUUCCUGAUAUCAUCGUCAACUAAUCAAAACGCUCGUUACAUAAACUUAGCACACUUUACAAUUGAGUACUGACCAUCCAUACACGGUAAAAACCGCUCAUUUAUUUUUCAUUAAUUUUGUGAAGUUCAGCACUCUGUUUUCAUACAAAUAUGAGGUUUUAUUAGCAAAUAUCAGAUUCAUCGAUUUACCAUGUUGUAUGCAGAGCAUCAUGCUCUGGUGUACAAGAAUGAUAUAAAGUUGCAACAAUCUAAAACAGCACAUUUCCUCAUUGACUUGUAUGCAUGUAUCAUUUAACCGGAGUAUGAUGUUAUGUAUGUAUGGAGAUGAAAAAGUAUAAAUGUAUUUCUCACUUGUAAAUGUGUUAUUCAUGUGUACCUGGCUGUUUGAGAAUGCAUUCUUAUGAAAGACUUGUAAAAUAUAAAUGUGUUAAAUAUUGUCAUUAUAAUUCAAGUCAGUCAUUUCUUGUAUGAAUAUUUCUGUAAUUUGUCAUGUUGAUAUUAUGUGCUUUCUAAAAUGUACGUUUAAAUUUGAAGAAAAAAAUAAAACGGUUGUAUAUUU